GGUUUCCCCCGUAGAGUCCACCGCAGCCUCAUCAAUUUGUGUGGCGAAGGAUGAGAUAGCCUUCUGCAAAAAUUUCACUCCCCAUCUCCACACAAAAGAUCCCAUCUUUCAAUUUGUAACACACUAUCCCACAUUUCUCCAAUCAAAUACUCAUCAUCACCUCCCUAGCUUUACCAAACCAGAAACAACCACACCAAAAGCCAUGGCCAUCAUGAUCAUGGCCUCCUCAAAAUCUAUAGUCCCAGUUACAUCCUCCUCCCUUCCUUCCAAACCCAAACUCCAACAAAUCCAACAACUUUCCCUCCCAAAAAUCCCCACCCCAAAAUUCUUGAAAUCCCAACAAAUCCUCUCCUUUUCUUCCUCUACUCUCAAAUCCAUCUCCCUCUUGACCGCCACCUCUUUAUCCUUUGCCCCACCUUCUCUUGCGGAGGAAAUAGAGAAGGCUGCUCUUUUUGACUUCAACUUAACUCUUCCGAUUAUGAUGGUUCAGUUCUUGCUCCUCAUGUUUGCUCUUGACAAGAUCUACUAUACCCCACUCGGGAAAUUCAUGGAUGAGAGAGAUGCUGCCAUAAAAGAGAAACUUGCCAGCGUGAAGGACACCUCUGAGGAAGUGAAGCAGCUUGAAGAGCAGGCUACAGCUAUCAUGAGAGCUGCAAGAGCUGAAAUCUCAGCUGCUUUAAACAAGAUGAAGAAAGAGACCCAGUUGGAACUUGAGGGGAAGCUGGCUGAAGGAAGGAAGAAAGUUGAGGCUGAGUUACAGGAAGCUUUGGCUAAUUUGGAGAAACAAAAGGAAGAGACCGUCAAGGCACUUGAUUCCCAGAUUUCUGCUCUCAGUCAGGAGAUUGUCAAGAAGGUGCUUCCUCUCUAAUCAUCUGCUUUAUUCCCAUUGUCCAUUUGGUUUUAAUUUUGAGUUAAAAAAUGUCUAUAUAAUUUUGAGCUACAUCAACCAUCGAUAUAUGUAAUCAUAAGAUUGAAUUGUACUUAUUGAACCCCAUCUUGUUCUUCUUGCUUCUUUUCA